UAAAUUUUGAAAACGAAACAUUAUCUAUUCAUAUAAAGUCAAAUAAAUUCAUACUAAGCAGCAUGGUUCACGUUUUAAGAAGAAUGAGUUCAAGCUAUGAAAAGUCCACUACAUCCCUUCGUUUCAAACCAGAAUGCCACACGAAUACGGUGCUGGAAUCGAUAACCGAAAUGCGUGCUUUCAGUAUUUUAAUUGAUGUUCAUCUCGAAGUUGAAGGACGCCAAUUUCCAGCGCACAAGAAUAUUUUGGCUGCGUCGUCCGACUACUUCAAAGCAAUGUUUUCUUGCCCUAUCGGCGACAUUGAAGCAACUGUAAAGCUAGAAGGUUUGACAGCUAAAGCAAUUGACUUAAUUCUAGAUUUUAUGUACCGAGGGGAAAUAGAAAUUACCGAAGACAAUCUCGAAGAAAUUUUAGUAGCGUCUCGAAUGCUGUUACUUGAAUCCGUUACACAAGCUUGUUGUAAAUUCACGCAAGACCGAAUCAACGUAAAUAAUUGCUGGGGUAUUCGCAACAUAGCUGACAAGUACUCGCUAAACAAUCUUUUUGGCAAAGUUCAUGCGUUUAUUGAGGACAAUUUUGCGGAAGCGAAAGGCUCGGACGAAUUUCUAGAGCUUCCGUUUCAACUCAUGAAGGAACUGAUGGCUGAUGAUGAACUCAAUAUCAGGGAAGAUGAACUAGUCUCGGCUGUCUUAAAGUGGGUCGAGCACGAUUUAGAAGGCCGAUAUCAGUAUUUGGAAACACUAUUCAAACACCUUCGGUUAAAUUAUAUUUCUGAAGAAUAUAUGAGAAAUUUGAUUCAGCACAAUUAUAUUGUAUCAAAUCACACUUUCCUAGUAACUCUUAUAAAAGCUGUCCACAGUCAGUCAGGCACAGAAACCCUUAACGAGCUCGUUACUGACGAAGAGCUUGCUAAGAUGAAAACCCCUCGUAAGUGGCAACGUAUUGUGCCCGUAUUAACGGCCGUUGGCGGUACCCAAACCCUAUUCUACAACACCGAGGAAAAGAUCUGGGUGUCGUUAGCGCCAAUUACCACACGUCACUGCCCUGGUCUUGCAAGCAUUGAAUCUGAGAUGUUCUUGGUGGGUGGUAGCCGCAAGUGGGUUCGUUUGGCAGACUGCGAGAGGUUCAGCCCAGAGAAGAAUACUUGGGAAGAUAUGGCGCCGAUGAGUGUUGCACGUAGCAAUAUUGGUUUGGUUGUAUUGGAGAAGUAUCUUUAUUCUGUUGGAGGUUAUGAUGGGGACACCCCAUCAAGGUUUGUAAAUCAUAAAUCCCCUUGUAAUAGCAAACAAAUUUGCAUACCAAAAUUUCUCUCCUCCCCCUCACAAUCUGAACCACCACUACCCCCCCCCCCAAAAAAAAAUAAUUUUAGUAUAUAUCAUCUAAUUAGCACCACUAAAAACAAUACAUUGAAUAUGGCCUGCCUUCUUGAUAAAGAAGAAAAAUGGGUUAACUGAACCAAUUACUUUUCAGGACUGUGGAACGUUAUGACCCAGUAGCAAAUCAUUGGUCAUCUAUGUCUUCAAUGAAUAACCUCCGAGAUGGUGCCUGUGUUGUGGCAGAUGAUAGCAAUAUUUUUGCCAUCACUGGGUUUGAUGGAAAUUCUUACCUGAGUACCAUGGAUGUUUACGACCCAAGCAAAGAUGUCUGGACCAGUGAAGGUACAGUAUGUGUCCGACUUAUUACUUUAUUCUGUCUAGUGCCAGAUAAUUUUGCUCAUCAAGGGGAGAGCACUAACACUCAUUGAGUUAAGUAACUGCACUACAUUACCAUAUUGUGAUGCUGGUUAAUAUCCUUACAGGCUACACCCACAUUGGCAACCGGCGACAGGAUGCAAUGUCUGCAUGUGUUGAUGGCAAGAUUUACAUCAUUGGUGGUUACUAUAAUGAUGAUUGCAUGUCGUCGGGUGAAGCAUACGACAUUGAGGAUAAUGAAUGGAUGGCCAUCGCUCCGAUGUCUGGAGAACGAAACAAAGCUGGAUGUGCAGCAUUGAACAGGAAAAUCUACAUCUGUGGCGGGUGGGAGGGCAGCGGGAACGUUCUGACGUCGGUAGAGGUUUAUGACACAGAGACGGAUUGUUGGACAGCUUUGCCACCAUUGCCAACACCCUCUGCCAUGAGGGCGACCUUCUUGUAUUUCCCCCGCAAGCAAGUUGAUAAACUCACUGUCAAGACCAAGGGGAAAAAGCAGAAGCAAAUUCAUGCAGUGAUUACAAGUGCACAGUGAUGAUCAAAUCAUAGAUAACAUGGUUUAGAAUAGUCUUAUUGCUCCAAAGGUUAGCCUGCAUGGCAGGCAGUAUUUCUACAGGCAGCAAAAAUUAGGGAGGCAAAAGAAAUUUCUACGGCCUCCCUAAAAACCACCUGCCACGCAGGCUAUCCAAAGGUCAGCAAUUUGAAUCAUUGAUCAAUACCCUAAUGUCCAGAUUUAGGAAUAUUUGUGUGUGUUUGUCUAUUAAGCUGCUGUGGUUUGCGUAUCAGGUUUUUCAAAUAUAAACCACACAUAUCUGCCAUUAGAUAGAGCAAAAUAACAAUGUAGUAUACAUUAUGGCGCUUUGCAGAUUAAUGGAUUAAAAUUUGUCAUCUUUGAUUAAACCAUGUUUAUUUCAAAAUUAGCUCUAUAUAUUAGCUAUAUCAACAUUAGCUAUAUCCAUCAGACUUCACCGAAUAAGGACAGUGAAAAGGUGUUUUUAUUAUCCACGGUUUCAUUUAAAUGCGAUGAUCAAAAAUGCAAAGUAGAUGACAUUAUAAACCGACUGAACUUGGAUGCAAUUGAAAAGGUUCACAUAAUCAUUUUUGGUUGUAAUAUGCAACUAAAUAUACCCAGUAGGCUUCAAAACUCAAACUCAUGUAUUACAGUAUUGCUGUCAAGAUUUAAUAUAUUUUAAGAACAGAGUAGUUGUAGAAUACUAUGAAAAUAUUUAAAUGUAGCUGUAUUUUUUUCUUCAAUAUAAAUGCAAUUUGUAAAGAAAAUAGAAUAUAAUUGUCAG